UUUCAUGUUCAAGUGGACGUAGAAGUGUUGAAUCCGUCGUAGAAGACGGUAGAUUAUUAAGUGAUCCCUCACAAUAGAAAGAAUGGCACCGGCACUCAGUAAAUUUGUAAGUAGACGUACAGUGGUUGGUGCUUGUGCUUUAACUACGUUAAUAUGGAUUUUAAAACGGAGGAACCGAAAACAAGUUGCGAAAUACAGUUUAUCUCGUAGAAAUGCUUGGCCCGUUAAUGACAUUCAGUAUGUUAUUAAAGAGGUAAAACCAAAACAGCCAAAAGCUCAUGUAAAUGCAAGAUUUUUUCGACAAUUGCAUCAAUUACUCAAAAUGGGCAUACCUUCGUUAGUAUCCAUUGAAUUUGGCUUUGUUCUUCUUAUCGCAGGUACACUUGUUGCAAGAUCUUUUUGUGACCUUUGGAUGAUAACUAUAGGCACUUUAAUUGAAUCAUCAAUUCUUAGUAUGGAUGGACCUUUAUUUAAAAAGCGUUUGCUUAAAUUCUUGGUUGUAUUACCAGUGAUAUCUGUUGUGAACAACGUACUGAAAUAUGCUAUAUAUGAAAUGAAGUUGAGGUUACGCACAAAUAUCACACGAGAUUUAAUGGAUCAGUACCUUAAAGGCUUUACUUAUUACAAAAUGAGCAAUUUAGAUAACCGUAUAGCAAAUCCAGAUCAACUUUUAACCACUGAUGUUGAUAAGUUUUGUGAAAGUUGCACAGACCUGUACAGUAAUGUUGCAAAACCUUUAUUGGAUAUUUUCAUUUAUGUUUAUAGACUUACAACUACUCUUGGUGGUGAAACGCCAAUAAUUAUGCUUUCUUAUCUUAUUUUCGCUGGUAUGCUAAUAACUCAUCUACGUAAACCUAUCGGUCAUAUGACGGUGAAAGAACAACGUCUUGAAGGCGAAUACCGUCACGUUAAUUCGAGGAUAAUAACUAAUUCUGAGGAAAUUGCAUUUUAUCAAGGAAAUAAUAGAGAAAAAUUAACUUUAUUAGCUAGUUUCCAUAAACUUGUGACUCAUCUUCGUAAAUGUCUAGAGUUUAGAACUCUUAUAGGAGUAAUUGAUAAUUUCAUUGGCAAAUAUAUGGCGACUAUAAUAGGUUUCUAUGCGGUAAGCAUACCUUUCUUCAAAAAAAACCAUCCUAUCCUCUCAGGACCCCCAAACCAUCGAUUUAAGAGUUAUUAUACGUACGGUCGUAUGUUAGUAAAAUUGGCGGAAGCCAUAGGUAGAUUAGUGUUAGCUGGAAGAGAAAUGACGCGACUAGCAGGAUUCACCGCCAGAGUUACUGAAAUAAAGGUCGUUCUCGACGACAUAAAUACUGGAAAAUACGAAAGAACGAUGGUUUCUGAUUUCAAAGAUGAGCCAAUUGGAAGCCCAGGUGAAGGAAAAAUAGUAAACAAAGAUAAUGUAAUAAGAUUUGAUCGUGUGCCUCUGAUAACUCCUAAUGGCGAUGUUCUUAUCAGAGAACUAUCAUUCGAAGUUAAAUCAGGAAUGAAUGUGUUAGUUUGUGGUCCAAACGGCUGUGGAAAGAGUUCUCUAUUUAGAAUCCUCGGAGAAUUGUGGCCAGUUUGGAGUGGAACUGUUACUAAACCUCCUCGAGGAAAAUUGUUUUACAUUCCUCAACGCCCUUAUAUGACUCUCGGUACCUUGAGAGAUCAGAUAACUUAUCCUCAUACGAAAACAGAAAUGAUAAGACGCGGACAAAUGACGGAUGAAGAUUUGAAAGAGUUAUUGAAUCUGGUUCAAUUAAGUCACUUAUUGGAAAGGGAAAGUCUAACGAAUAGCGAGGGACAAGGUUGGGAUGUUGUGGCUGACUGGAUGGACGUUUUGUCUGGUGGUGAAAAGCAGCGUAUCGCGAUGGCUCGACUCUUUUAUCAUAAGCCACAAUUUGCAAUUUUGGACGAGUGUACAAGUGCUGUUAGUGUGGACGUCGAGGACUCCAUGUACUUGUACUGUAAACAGGCAAAUAUUACAUUGUUCACAGUAUCGCAUCGACGAUCUCUUUGGAAACAUCACGAGUACUAUUUACAAAUGGAUGGAAAAGGAAAUUACGAGUUCAAGGCAAUUGAACCGGAUACGAAAGAAUUUGGAUCGUGAAUUUUCAUGUCCCUUGCAUCUAGUUAUACUGUCACAAUGCAAGGGACUGUUUUAUGUUCGAUUAAUCUCGAAUAAUUUACAUGUAAAUUUGCAGUGUACAGCGCAUCUAUGUAUGUAUUGUAUGUAUUUCUGUGUUAAAAUUGUCUUGGUUCGCGAGUAUUAUAUUAUUGUA